CAUUUCUAAUUCUUCAUUCUCCCCAACGAAUGAAUAAUGACCAUAACCAGCACCUUCCCUUCCUCCCUCAAAAAUUCUCUCUCUCUCCCUCUCUCUCUCUCUGGAAAUUGGGUUUGGGACAGAAACCGACCGCAACGCUAGGAAGCAAUGGCCUUCCAAUUCCUCUUCAACCGAAGAGAUAAGGAGGUCGAUCAACAGAUAAUGAGCAGCUCGGAAGAGGACGAAGCUGCUGCCUCCGAAGAACCCAAGGACGAACGUACGCCUCUCUGCGCCGUGGCCGUCGCCUUUCAGGAUCUCUCCGAAUUUGUUAAUUCUAUUGGCAUUGCUUCCUUCUCCUCCGGCCAGGGCCACCUCCCUUUGAAGUCCUUCUGCGACGCCUGCUCCCUCGCCUCCGUCCUCUUCGGCUGCCUCGGCAUCGCCUUCAAAUUCGCCGAAUUGGAAUACUGCUCCAAGGUACGCAAUCUUGUGGAAGCAUCAGAUAAAUAUGGCACUUUAAAUGAGAUACUCGAAGUUGAUGUUGGAAAUAACACAGUGAGAACAGCAGGAAGCCUCUCACGUAAUUUGCGCAGAGUCAGGCAGGGCCUUGACCUCAUUAGAGCAUUAUUUGAAAAUUUUUUGUCCUCAGACUAUGGCUCUUUAAAAGAAGCAGCAUCAACAGCUUAUGCACAAGUUUUUGCACCAUACCAUACUUGGGCAAUUAGGACAGCAGUUUAUGCUGGAAUGUGUGCUCUCCCAACAAGGGAACAACUUCUGCUGAACCUAAAUGAAACCGAUGAAUCAGCAGAGAGGGAAAUGAGAAAGUAUAUAAAAGCUUCACUCCCAGUUAUAGAGUACAUAGAUAAGCUGUAUAUUUCAAAGAAUAUCAGCUUGGAUUGGUAACUUGUUACCUGUUCUGGGAGGGUUUGGAGAAGAUGCAGCUCUCUUUUUCUUUAAGAAACAAGUCUGCAUUGUUGCCAUGAGUCUCUCAAAGCUAAUGCACUUGGGGAUCGCCGACUCCAUGUUGUCAGUGAACUUUGCCCCAGUUGUACUGAAAGCAGUCUUAGCAGCAGUAUAUAUAUAUAUAUAUAGAGAGAGAGAGAGAGAGAGAGAUGUCACUAGCUGGUAGGAAAUAUCAUCUGUAGCUAAAAAUUUCAGGCAAUUCUCCCCUUCCUUUUUUGUUUUAUUUAACCAUUCCAUUCGUUUGAUUGUAUAUGAAUCAUUAGCGCCAGAGAUACGAGUUUCUGUGUACAAUGGAUUCUUGUGUAUGGAUGUAUGUAUAGUCUACCUCGUUGAAUGUGUUGUUUG